AUGAAUUUUGGGGGGUUGUUUUAUUUUGUCCUUAUUUUCGCCUUAGACGUCGAAGAAGGAGGGUACACGCACUUCACGCGCCUGGGCCUGAAGAUUGGACCGUCCCAGGGCAGCGCGGUGUUGUGGAGCAACGUGACCCCUACGGGGCAGGUAGAUUUCCGAACGAUGCAUGCAGGUGUGUCUCCUACAAAAGGCACGAAGUAUGUCGUUAACUGCUUCUUCAACGAGGCUGUUGUAAGGCACGAAAAGCCGCCGGCUCUCUUGCCCCUUGAGCCCCCACAGGGCAUCCCGGACUUCCAGCAGCAGCGGACAGGUGCAGGGUCUCCUCCACCAGCAGAAACUGGAAAGAACACUGCAAUGCGUGACUCAGUCAAUGCAAACGGACGAUUCCCUCCACACACUGAGCAUUCGCAGCCUCAACAACUGCAGCAGCAGCAGCUAGAGACUAGCAAAAUUUGGGGUUCGCAGCACCGUCCGGUUUGGGGGCUUCCCGGCACCGAAGCACGUGGCAAGCAGACGUUCUGUCCAGCCGUGCUUUUUUCGCUGCCCCAGCAACAGUUGCAGCAGCACGCGAUGCCGCACGGGACCGUCUACCCUACCCCAGGGUGGAUGGUGGGUGGCGCAAAGCUGCCGGGGGCUCCCGUGGGGCUUCCUUUCACAGCCACCGGCUCUCCGCCUGCUGGGUGGCGCAGCCAUGCAGCUGGGAGCUUGCCCUUAGAUCAACGGUGGAUGUGA